GCGAAUUUUUCUGCACUGCACGCCGCCACCAGAGAAGAGACAGGUUGGAGCGGGCGCCAUGAAGAGCAAGCGUUCGUCGGCUGAGAUCGUGGCGGUGUCCACGGAGCUGCGACACCGUCAAGCGAUGCGCAAGAAGGGGAAGAGCAAGGCCGGGAAGGAUGACGACAAGCGCGAGUUGGAGAUGGACGAGCAUCAGAAGUCGAUUGCCGAAUUGUGCGCAGACCUCACCACCAGCGCCACGUUGGGUAUGACGAAUGCCGACGCGGACGCCCGGCGUGAAGUCGACGGCGUAAACCGUUUGACCCCCCCUCGCCAAACCCCCGAAAUCGUAAAAGUGUUCCGCGAACUCACGGGCUUUUUCUCGUUGCUGUUGUGGGCGGCUGGGAUCUUGUGCAUGGUCUGCUACGCCCUGCAAGGGGACGUCAACAACUUGUACCUCGGCAUCGUGCUAUUUUGCGUCGUUGUGAUCACGGGACUUUUCUCGUACUUCCAAAACCGCAAGUCGAGCAACCUCAUGGAAUCGUUCAAGAACAUGAUGCCGACCAUCACGACGGUCAUUCGCGACGGUCGAUCCCAAAAGAUCGACGCGUCCUUGCUUGUGCGUGGGGAUGUCAUCGCCAUCAAGGGCGGGGACAAGGUGCCUGCCGACAUCCGUAUCAUUGAAUGCUCGGACGAUUUGACCGUGGACAACUCGGCGCUCACUGGCGAACCGGAACCGUUGAAGCGCGUGGUGCAUUGCACCCAUGACAGUCCGUUGGAAACGAAGAACUUGUGCUUUUUCGGCACGUUUAUCCCGCAAGGGUCUGGCAAGGGUCUGAUCGUGCGCACGGGCGACAAGACGGUCAUGGGUCGCAUUGCCAAGUUGGCCACGUCCACGAAGAAGGAGCAAACGCCCAUCGCCAAGGAGAUCGAGCACUUCGUGCACAUCAUCACGGCCGUCGCCGUGUCGAUCGGGAUUAUUUUCCUCGUGAUUGGGUUCAUCAUUGGCACCGACACGAUCACGAACAUUGUGUUUAUGAUUGGGAUCAUUGUGGCCAACGUCCCCGAAGGAUUGUUGGCGACCGUGACCGUGUGCUUGAGUUUGGCAGCCGCGCGCAUGGCAAAGAAGAGUGUGUUGGUCAAGAACUUGGAAGGCGUCGAAACGUUGGGCUCCACGAGCUGCAUUUGCUCGGACAAGACGGGCACGCUGACCCAAAACAUCAUGACCGUCGCGAACAUCGUGUACGACAAUGCGAUCUGGGACGCCGAAUGCUCCCUCACGCCCGUGGGCUCGUACAAGUUAACAGACGUGUCUUUCCAACGCCUCCAACGCUGCGCUACAUUGUGUAACAAUGCCGUGUUUGACGAAGACUCCAAGUUUCAAAAGGUGCUCGAGGGCCAAGGCGCGAAUGUGCAAGUGGUCCGCGGCGCCCCCAUUGCCUUUUCGGAGAUGGUGGUGGCGUCGGAUGGCUCCCGCUGCCCGAAAGUGUUGUGGGAAACCAUCGGAGAUGCGUCAGAGUCCGCGAUGAUCAAGUUUUGCCAAGACAAGCGCGACGUCGUCGACUACCGCGAAGCCAACCGCAAACUCAAGGAAAUCCCGUUCAACUCGCGCAACAAGUACCAGUUAUCGAUCCACUUGCAAGAAAACGACGAAACCAAGCCCAUGUUGCUGGUCAUGAAGGGCGCCCCCGAGCGCAUCACGGCCCGCUGCUCCAAGAUUUUGAUCAACGGCGAAAUGGAGGACUUCACCCCCGAACGGUUGGCCCAAGUGGAGGCGCUUCAACUGGCGCUGUCAAAGAAGGGCAUGCGCGUGUUGGGGUUUGCCGAAAAGGAGCUGGACCUGGCGACGUACCCCCACGGUUACGAGUUUAACACGGACAACUGCAACUUUCCCCUCGGUGAGAAGGACGUGGAUUACGACGCCAACCCAGUGCCCAACAAGAAGAUUGAAGAACCGCUCGUGUUCAUUGGGUUGAUGGCGCUGAUCGACCCCCCUCGUCCAGAAGUGCCCAUUGCCGUGGCCAAGUGCAAGACCGCGGGGAUUCGUGUCAUCAUGGUCACGGGUGACCACCCAAUCACGGCCAAGGCGAUUGCGCACAAGGUGGGUAUCUUGUGGGGCCCAACCAAGGAAGAUAUUGAAGAGGAGAAUGCCGAGAAGGGAGUGCGGGCUGGUGAACCUGGGUACAAGAACCCGGACAACGCGCCUGCGAUUGUCGUGCCUGGGUGGACCAUCAGCGUGGACACGGACGAGGCGGAAUGGGAUCGCAUCUUGAACCACACCCAAGUCGUGUUUGCCCGGACGUCACCGCAGCAAAAGUUAAUUAUCGUUGAAAACUGCCAGCGUCGCGGGGAAAUUGUGGCCGUGACGGGGGACGGUGUGAACGACUCGCCGGCGUUGAAGAAAGCGGACAUUGGGAUUGCGAUGGGGAUCAUGGGGUCGGAGGUGUCAAAGGAAGCCGCUGACAUGAUUUUGUUGGACGACAACUUUGCGUCGAUCGUGUGCGGGGUCGAAGAAGGGCGCAAGGUGUUUGACAACUUGAAGAAGUCGAUUUGCUACGCAUUGGCGGUCAACAUUCCGGAGUUGAUUCCGUUUUUGGUGUACGUGCUGAUCGCCAUCCCCGUGCCCCUCACGACCGUCUUGAUGUUGUUGAUUUGCCUCGGUACCGACAUGAUUCCUGCAAUCUCGAUGGCGUACGAAGACGCCGAAAGCGACAUCAUGCUGCGCUCGCCCCGCCGCCCGUCGGUGGACCGCCUCGUGACCAAAAAGUUGGUGUUCUGGGCGUAUGUGCACAUUGGGUUCAUUCAAGCGUUUGCCGGCCAUGUCGUGUACUUCACCGUCAUGAACGACUACGGGUACCCAGCUCAAAUUUUGCCUGCGUUGGGCCAAAAGGACAGCUUUGGCAAACAAGUGUUGUGGUGCACCACGUCGGGUGGCCAGUACUGCACGCCCGGUGGCGGGUACAAAGAUAACACUGGCAACGUCGUUCCUCUUGGUAGCUCGGACAAGCCUGUAUGUGAUCUCGAGUACAACGCGGCGAUUUCGCCGACUGGCAGCAUCUACGACGCCAAGAUCUUUUACAACCCCGGCGAGGAUGGUGUCGUGGAAGACUGUGUGUUCCCGUACGCCAACUACAAGGGCACGACCAACAAGCCUGCGAAUUACGACCGAUAUGACCCUACGACUUAUGGCGAUUUCACGAACGGCAACUCCAUGAUCACAGUGCAGUCGAUGGAAGCAUUGUGGAACAAAAACUACCGCCCGUACUACCCGUACAAGGGUCGCCGCUCGUCGUUCUUUGACAAGAGCUGGCUCUCGUACGACGUGGCCAGCGACAACGGCGUCGACGGGUUUGGAAAGGACCUGGAAGACGUGGCGCUCUUGUUGUACCAACCCAUUGGCGUGUUUAGUAUCGUGGACCCGUCCAAGAAGGACAAGGACGCCGUGCUCACGUCCGGGCGUCCUCGCAAGGCCCUAAACGGUGCCACGGCGACGUUGACGGAUGCUUCGUUGAAGCAAGUGGCGUCGACGAUCACGUUGUCGGACGCCGACUUGUACACGAACGCGGCGGCCGGUCUCUCUGUCAAGCUGUCGACUGGCGCGGCUCCGUGCUCCUCCAAGGCCGAAUGUUUGUUGGAUUACCGCACAGGGUUCACGUACAAGGAGGGGUCGACGACGUACUCGAAUGUGCUGUCUCGCAUGAUGUCGAUCUACACGCUGAUCCAUGCGCAAACGGCGUACUUUGUGGGCGUGGUGGUGAUGCAGUGGUCCAACAUUUUGAUUUGCAAGACGCGGUUGCUGUCCAUCCGCACCCAAGGACUGCGCAACCAAGUGCUCAUGUUUGGGUUGGGCUUUGAGUUCCUAAUCUGUGCGCUCAUUUGCUACUCGUCGGGGUUCCAAUCCGUGUUCAAGACCCAAACCAUCCGUCUCAGCCAUUGGUUCCCCGCCAUGCCGUUUGCCAUGUUUUUGUUUGUGUACGACGAAAUGCGCAAGUACAUUUUGCGCUCGACGUCGAUCACGACCGUGGACCCGCAAACCGGCAAGUACGUGCGUAUUCCUGGAUGGGUCGAGCGCAACUCGUACUACUAGACACGCGAUUGAUACGCGUGAGCAGGGCAACUGUAGUUUCUCAUCAACGCCCCUGCCGUUGUUUGCAUUCGUAACAAUCCUCUAAAAUUGCUUUUAUAUAAUCGCUAUGUGUGGUGGGUUUCUGGUCAGUAGUAGUCCACUACUAUUAAUAUCUA